AUGCUAGACUUGUCUGGACACUCAACUUUAGUGAGGCUGACGUUUGACAAUCGGGGGAGGUUGAAGGAAAUAGACAGCUCCGUUGGAAAGUCAACGCACUUGCGUGCACUAAAUAUCACCGAUUGUGAGCUCAUUGAGCAUGUGCAUGAUGAAAUUGGAGUGCUAGCGAAGCCUGAGCGCUUCUCUUUGCGUGGCUCCUACGGUGUGAGCAUACCCCCCACCUCUAUCGACGACUCGGCAUCAUUAAAGAAGCCGGACCUUUCAAUUACUCGAAUUGGAAGCCUACCGGAGUCCGUCGGAAAGCUACAGUGUUUGUCAGAUCUCUUCCUACAAUUCUCGGGAAUCGCUGAAAUUCCCGGUGCAAUUGAACUGUUGUUACCCAAAGCCGUUGGACAGUUGGAGAAACUAGAGGAGCUUUAUCGUGGUCGUCGCAAGGAGUUGGAAGGCGAUAUCCCCGAUGAGGAAAUAGACAGCUCCGUUGGAAAGUCAACGCAGUUGCGUGCACUGAAUAUCACCGAUUGUGAGCUCAUUGAGCAUGUGCGUGAUGAAAUUGGAGUGCUAGCGAAGCCUGAGCGCUUCUCUUUGCGUGGCUCCUACGGUGUGGGCAUACCCCCCACCUCUAUCGGCGACUCGGCAUCAUUAAAGAAGCCGGACCUUUCAAUUACUCGAAUUGGAAGCCUACCGGAGUCCGUCGGAAAGCUACAGUUGUCAGAUCUCCUCCUACAAUUCUCGAGAAUCGCUGAAAUUCCCGGUGCAAUUGAAGUGUUGGUAAAGCUGCGACAUCUUCAUCUGGCGAGCGAUGAGAUUAAACAACGUCCAGACUUCAUUGGAGAAAUAAAUUCACCAUGCACUCUGAAUUUGUCAACUAAUAGUUUGCUUAGCUCAAAUUCCAGUCAAUGGAAGUUACCCAAAGCCAAUGGACGGUUGGAGAAACUAGAGGAGCUUUAUCUUGGUCGUCGCAAGGAGUUGGAAGGCGAUAUCCCCGAUGAGGAAAUACACAGCUCCGUUGGAAAGUCAAUGCAAUUGCGUGAACUGAAUAUCACCGAUUGUGAGCUCAUUGAGCUUGUGCGUGAUGAAAUUGGAGUGCUAGCGAAGCCUGAGCGCUUCUCUUUGCAUGGCUCCUACAGUGUGAGCAUACUCCCCACCUCUAUCGGCGACUCGGCAUCAUUAAAGAAGCCAGACCUUUCAAUUGCUCGAAUUGGAAGCCUACCGGAGUCUGUCGGAAAGCUACAGUAUUUGUCAGAUCUCUUCCUACAAUUCUCGGGAAUCGCUGAAAUUCCCGGUGCAAUUGAAGUGUUCGUAAAGCAGCGACAUCUUCAUCUAGCGAGCGAUGAGAUUAAACAACUUCCAGAAUUCAUUGGAGAAAUAAAUUCACCGUGCACUCUAAAUUUGUCAACUAAUCGUUUUCUUAGCACAAAUUCCAGUCAAUGGAAGUUACCCAAAGCCAUUGGACAGUUGGACAAACUAGAGGAGCUUUAUCUUGGUCGUCGCAACGAGCUGAAAGGCGAUAUCCCCGAUGAGGAAAUAGACAGCCCCGUUGGAAAGUCAACGCACUUGCGUGAACUGAAUAUCACCGAUUGUGAGCUCAUUGAGCAUGUGCGUGAUGAAAUUGGAGUGCUAGCGAAGCCUGAGCGCUUCUCUUUGCGUGGCUCCUAUGGUGUGAGCAUACUCCCCACCUCUAUCGGCGACUCGGCAUCAUUAAAGAAGCCGAACCUUUCAAUUACUUGA